CUGCACCACUUCCUGGUCCAGGGGAGUGAAUUAAGAACCAUAUGCCUCUCUUCUUCUUUCACUCUGUUAAGUUGCAAGCAAGAGUGUGACUCCACUGAACGCUGAGGACACGUUUACACAGGACUCAACCACUCAAGCAGGUAUCUGUGGUCAUGUUGACCGCGUGGUGUGUGGUGGCUCUGCUGGCUCUUCUACCCCCAUCUCAGAGUGUCAACCCUGGUGUCAAGGUCAGACUUACACAAAAAGGGCUGGAAUAUGGCAGGCAGAUAGGGAUGGCUAUUCUGCAGAGCAAGCUGAAGUCCAUCAAGUUGCCUGACAUGUCGGGAAAAGUGAAGGUGUCUCGCAUUGGCAAAGUCAAAUAUAGCAUAACAGGGAUGAAGAUUACUUCCCUUGGGCUGCCCACGACCGCCGUGGGGCUGGUGCCAGAAACUGGGGUCAGUCUCUCCAUUGCGAAUGCCUUCAUCAGUAUCCAUGGCAAAUGGAAGGUCAGAUACAAGUUCAUUAAGAACAGGGGCUCAUUCGACCUGGCCGUGAGAGGACUGAGCAUCACCUCUCGCAUCACCCUGCGAAGCGACGAGACGGGGCGGCCAACCGUCAGCAAUGCCAACUGCGUGGCCAGGGUGGGCAGCGUCAAAAUCAAGUUCCACGGCGGGGCCAGCUGGCUGUACAACCUUUUCCGCUCCAAGAUUGCCAAGGCCCUUCGUAAGGCUUUAGAAAAACAGAUCUGCCCCCGGGUGGCUGAUGCAGUAUCCGAGAUGAACCCCCGCCUGAAAACACUGAAUGUGCUUGCCCGAGUGGACAAGUAUGCAGAGAUUGAAUAUUCGAUGGUCGCACCUCCCAUCAUCACAAAAGAGUUCAUCAAUUUUGACCUGAAGGGGGAGUUCUACAACAUUGGAAAACAUCAGGAACCUCCGUUUGCUGCCACGCCCUUCUCCCUGCCUGCCCAGCACACCAGCAUGCUGUACUUUGGACUGUCCUCCUUCACCAUCAACUCAGCAGGUUUUGUCUACAACAAGGCUGGAAUCCUCAGCCUCUACAUCACAGACGACAUGAUCCCCCCGAAGUCACCCCUCCGACUCAGUACCAAGACAUUCGGAGCCCUCAUCCCCGAGAUUGGCAAGCGUUUUCCCAACCUGAUGAUGAAGCUGCUGGUGAAAACGUCCAGCCCGCCCAACAUCACCUUUGAGCGUGACAACAUGACCCUGCGUGCGACAGGCACCGUGACCGCCUAUGCCAUCCAGACAAAUGGCACCCUGGCGCCCCUCUUCAUCCUCAUCCUGGACACCAGUGUCAGUGCUCGAGCUUACAUCACUGGAGUUAAACUGGCUGGAACCGUGGCCCUCAACAGGAUUGGCCUGACUGUGGGCACAAGCUAUGUGGGCCCAUUCCAGGUGAAAUCGCUUGAAAAUAUCCUCCUGCUUGUUCUGAAAGUGGCUGUUAUCCCCCAGGUCAAUGUUCGCCUGCAGCAGGGCUUUCCGCUCCCCACUCUCGGCAAGAUGAACCUGGUCAACCCUCAGCUGCAGGUUCAGAAGGACUACAUGCUGAUUGGAACAGAUGUUCACUUUGAACCAUGAGCAUCAAGGGAUGUCACCUCACAUGACCACAAAGAAUCCAUUGCAUUCGGUUAUUAAUGUGAGCACUGUACUCAACGCUGUUUUCCGUGACUGCAUUUUGACUAUUUUUGACACUUAUGAGAAUUCAUAGGAUGUAUAAAUGCUACAACAUAGCCUCUCAGUAUUAUUCUGCUGAACCACAAUGUUAAAAUUUGAUAAUUAAUGAGUACAUCUGUAUGAAUAAAAACCUAAAUAUUAGGAUCUCUUUUCAAAAGUGAGCUCUUGUGAAAUACUCAUGUUUCUACUUUGUUUUUACCUUCUACUUGGCACUCACAGAACUUUAAUUCCUCUUAGUUUGGAUCUUAAUAAAAGCUCCUAUGAAAACCCAACACAGGAUUCAUGAAA